CCUGCCCUAGGAAAAAAACACUGAAAGUUUAAUUUCUGAUCUCGCGUGCUUCUUUAAUACUUGUGUAAGUGUCCGUCAGAAUGGCAACCCCCCCUAAAAGAGUAUGUUCAAGCUUAAACAACAGCUUUGAAAAGAGAACCAAGAAAAUAUCAAUUGAAGGAAAUAUUGCUGCGGGAAAGUCCACCUUCGUGCGGCUGUUAGAGAAAGCCUCCGAGGAGUGGGGGGUGAUUCCGGAGCCGAUUGGAAAAUGGUGCAACAUUCAGAAUACCGAAAACGAUUACGAGGAACUGAGCACUUCUCAGAAGAGCGGAGGCAACCUGCUCCAGAUGCUGUACGACAAGCCCAGCCGCUGGUCCUACACCUUCCAGAGCUACGCCUGCCUCAGCCGAGUCCGCUCCCAACUGCAGGCCCCCUCCGCCAAGCUGCUCCAGGCAGAGAGCCCCGUGCAGUUCUUUGAGCGCUCCGUCUACAGCGACAGGUAUGUGUUUGCCUCCAACCUGUUUGAGUGUGGGGACCUGAAUGAGACAGAGUGGGCCGUCUACCAGGACUGGCACAGCUGGCUCCUGGCCCAGUUUGAGAGCCAGAUCGAGCUGGAUGCCAUGAUCUACCUGAGGGCGGACCCCCAGAGGUGCAUGCAGAGGCUGCACCUGCGAGGACGGGAAGAGGAGCAAGGGAUUCCAUUGGAAUACCUGGAGCAGCUCCACUACAAACACGAGUGCUGGCUCCACCAUCGCACCACACAGGUCGACUUUGAGUACCUGAAGGACAUCCCCAUCCUGAUCCUGGAUGUGAACGAGGACUUCAAGAACAAUCGCAUCAAGCAGGAGGCUACUAUAGAUAAGGUCAAGGAGUUCCUGAGUACUCUGUGACCUGGGACAAAGACACACUAUCAAACCCAGUGAGAACGCCACUUCCAUCUUCACCUCCACCCAAUGAGACUGUUCCAUCUUCACCUCCACCUUAUAAUAACCCUCCAUCUUCACCUCCACUCAAUGAGACUGUUCCAUCUCCACCUAAUAAUAACCCUCCAUCUUCACCUCCACCCAAUGAGACUGCUCCAUCUCGACCUCCAUACAAUGAGACAACACCACCUCAUCUGUUGACCUGCUGACAUAACUAAACCUCUGGUUGACAACUGUCACAAAACACAUGAUGAAGCUCCCUAUCACUACUCUAUUUACACCCUUUUCUCCUUUGGCCAUCAACAUCUUGUAACAUAGACUAUCCCACAUUCCAACCUUACAGCACAACCUUGUCUCUCCUCUCAGUCUACCUCCCUCACCCUCUAUUAAUGUGGAGCAAACUGCGUUCGCAGGUCUACUUGAAGUUAAGUGAUUUUAGUAGUAGUGAAAUGUCAGGUUUAAGUGGGGGAUUGCAAAGUUUCCUUGUUAUUAUAACAUGACAUUGUAUAUGUUAUCAAUAGAGGUUGGAAUUGUACAUAUUCUUGACUUUUUAAACAUUAAAUGUGUUGUUGUUGUUUUUCCCAAUUUUCUUUUUGAUUUUUGUACAAAAUGUUACAGUUAUGAUCUUGUGGAAAUUGAUUCAAACAUGUUUACAGAUUGUCCAGCGCAGAAAAACAAUGCUUGAUAUUGAGUCCUGAAAAUCUGUUGAACAAUAAACCAUGGCA